AUGGCCAAUCCAUUCGAUGACGACGACGAUAGUAAGUCCUUUUAUUUCCUUUUUGCAUUUAGAGUCGCCAAAUGCUUUGCAAGACUGGAACAUGAAUAAUUUUGCGGUAUAAAGUUCUUCGUUUGACGUAUUAAAGAUUUUAGAUAAUAAAAUCUUUUUCUUUCAGUGCCCGUGAAGAGUUACUCUCGAAAUGUUGGUGCAGAUAAGGACAUCGAAGAGUACGAGCGUCAGAUUGAAGAGCUGAUGCAGGACACCCUCUCUUCGACUCAACGUUCAACGGCUCAAUUGGAUAAUGCCGAAAAGCUAGGAAAUUCAACAGCAUUGAAUCUGCUGGAACAAAGAGAGAAGUUGGAGAAGACCGAACGGAAUCUGGACGAUAUCAAUCACACCACCCAAAUGACUCAACGUUCCUUGAAUAGUCUGAAGAGCGUCUUCGGAGGAUUCUUCAAGAACAAGUUCUCCAAGGCUCCGCAGAAGCCCAGCACCCCUGAUUCGGUAAGAGCUUGAAGUUUUUUAUGGCAAGUUUGAAACAGAAAUUUACACCGAUCAAGGAAAAAAAGUGGGUUCUCGAGUAAUUUACCUUGUUUUAGAUGACUCCAUCAGCAUCAUCCGGAAAAUUGACCCGAGUUGUGGAAGAAGUGGAGAGUCGUACUGGAAAUGCGGCAAACACCUUGAGCUCGGGACCCACGUUGGGUGCCGAAAGUCGAAACGCCAUCAAGGGCACCCGAUGGGAAGCUAUGGAUCAAGAGAUUGAUGAGAACUUGGGUAAGUUAAUAUAAUCAUAAGCUGAUAAUGGAUCCAAACGGCGUCCAGAAUCACAACUAGAACCACGAAGAAAAUACUACGUUUUUUGCCUUUUAGGCAGUAUGAGCGGCCAGCUCGCACGUCUCCGGAUGCUUGGUCAAGCCCUUGGAGACGAAGUUGAUGAUCAAAACAAACUGCUCGACAGAAUCCAAGUUAAGGCCGAACGCAACGACCAUGUUGUUCGUCAUCAAGACAACCAAAUGAAGAAGAUUCUCGGUUACAAACCCGAUCCCAUCACUCGCUCGUAA